CGUGACUCCGCGCAGGAUGGGUGAUAGCAAUACUCUGUCACGCCGCCGCCGCCUGUCUCUGCUGGUGAGACUCAGCUCGAAGCCACAUUCCCCUUUGGCCUCGCAGGGCGCAUCGCCUGUAUGUGCAGCGUUACCGAUCCUGUCUACCGCACACCGCAGAAGGUUCAACACGGUGGACUACUCGCUUCCGACAGACAUAGUCGUUGCAACGUCUUCCCAGCAGUGGGAGCCUUCGAAGAUGACUGUGCCAGAACCCGAGCUCGAAAACCUCCCCGACGCUCUCUCCUUUUUCUUCUCCCCGGCACUCAGACAACUGCCAGCUCAUGCACCGUUCACCAAUCUCCGCAUGGCAACAAGCCGCUUUUCGCACCCUUGACAUCUGUUUCUGAUACAAUGCGAGGCCGAAGCAGGAGGACCAUCAUGGUCAGACGGUAGGGAUGCGGCCAUUGCCAUCUAUGCGCCCCAGUUUGCGAGGGUGACGAACGAAGAGUCUCGAUGGUGAGUGAUCAGUUGGCAUC